AAUUAUUUAAGAACUUCAUCUGAACAUUAAUUUUUAGAUAAAAAUUGGAAAUCUACCAUUACAACUUCAUUGGAACCUUAUCAAGACCAAGAAACUUCAACGAAUUAUCAAGUUUUAAUCAAUAAUUUCUUUUUGUUUCAUGAAACUUCAUUAUAACCAGAAUUUCUAAGAAGAAAUUUAACUGGAAACCUAUCCAAAUUGAAGAAACAUCACCAACAUUUCAAAUUUCGUCUGGAUAUUCAAUAUUAACCCAAAAAACUUCACUGAAAUUUACUAAUAUGCAAAGAAUAUCAUCGAAUUAUUAAUUAUUAUUACAACUUCAACUAAUAUUCAAUUGUAAACAAAACUUCAGUGAAACCUAACCAAAUCCAAGAAACUUAAUAAUUCGUUUCAUGAAACUUCAUCAAAAUUGGAAUAAAAAGGUUUAUAUUUAAUAUUAAGAAAUAAUUUGAAAACUUCAUUGGAACAUAAAUUUGAUUAAUCAUGGAUGCACAAAAUCCUGUACAUCCAUGAAGUUGGAUAACCUUAAUUUAUAACAACCGUUUUAAUAAGAACUCAAAAAAACUUCGUUGAAACCAAUUUCAAGCAAAAAGUACCACAAUUGGUUUAUGAAACUUCAUCAAAUCAUAACUAAAUCGAAGAAUGACAUAUAAUUAGGUAUUAAUAAUAAAUAAUAAAAAUAUGAGACAUAUUAUAUAGAGGAAUACAUAAUACCCAUAAUAACUAUAAAUUUAAAAGAUAAUUAAAGUAGAUAGACAGGAUGUUGGCUUUUAUUCUGAAAAAGAUUGAAAUAUCAAAGAAAUUGCAUCUGAGAUUUUUUUAUUGAGAUAUUGAUUUAGGUCACGGGACGAUGAACUGUUGAUAAUUAUCACUUCCUUAAGAGAUAAUCGAGCCAAUUAUAUAUAUAGGGUGAUCAGCCUUCUUCUAAAUACACUUGAAACGUCAAAAAAUAUUUCAUCAUGUCAUAAAUCACGAAACGAUGAAGUGUUUAUAAUUAUCACUACACACUGCAAAAUAUAAUCAUUGUAUGUGAAUCCCAAGACAUUAUUAAUUAUAUAUAUAUAUAUAUAUAUAAACGUCAAGACGUGUGAUUCUAUAAAUAAUUUUAAUUAGAUUAAAAGUCGAUAAGCACUAAUAUAAGGUCUUUAUAUUUUUUAAAUAAGAUGAAAGUUAUCUUUAUAGAUAUUGUCACUAUGCACUUAAGAGAUAGUCGAGUUAUAUGUAUAGAUAUACAGGGGCUAUUUUAAAUUUCUUUGGAGUGAGAUUGAGAGAUCGUAGUGUUUGAUUUUUUUAUUUUUGUAGUGGGAUGUUAGAUUGAGUCGCGAAGAAGCGCGAAGCGAUGGUAGAGUGUUGGUGCGAAGAUGGGUUCGCGAGACGACCGCGAGAAGGUCUCGGAAUCUGUGACCGAAUUUUGGAUAAAGUUGCGGGUUCGCAUUCGAAUUUAGUGCACAUGAUAGCAGACGUGGAAAGGAUCCCCUCCACGGUUUCCAAUCCCGCCUCUUGGCCUAUCCUGACCCUCGUAUGAACUUAGGACCUCCCUGUUACGCCCAGGCCAAGUUAGUGUCGGGGCCUCUCGCAAAAGGUCACCAGUAGAGGCGAGAAAGUUGUGAGGGUAUGACCUAUCACCUUCCAUGCUCUGAUACGUGCUCCGAAGUAUCUGACUCGAAAAAGUUUUUUCCGUUUCGAAAAAAAUCCCCGUUUCGCCCCAGUGCCAAAUGUGCCGAGUCGCCAAAAUGACGACCGAACUGAGUUAGGAAUUUUGUAAAAAAAUUUUUUGGCGAAAUAUCGCCGCCAACAUGGCAUUGGUGGCACCGUCUUGGAGAGAGCCGUCGCUCGUCAAUCCGAUCCCGACCAGUCUCAACACGUUGCCCAACGCUCUCAAUCCCUUGCCAACGCCGCCGAAUCUCAACCCUUUGCCUACCAACAUCAACCCGAUCACUCUUGACAAUCCAGAGUUGUCGCUCAGCAUCGCCAACCGGCAAACUCCGUCGCAGAACUCUCAGAACAGUGCGAACAGUAACAAUGCCGACAAGAACCAAAAUAUUGAGUGCGUGGUUUGUGGUGAUAAAAGUUCUGGAAAACACUAUGGUCAGUUUACUUGUGAAGGUUGCAAAUCAUUUUUUAAAAGAAGUGUGAGAAGGAACUUAACAUAUUCCUGUAGAGGUAGCCGAAAUUGUCCAAUAGAUCAACAUCAUAGAAACCAGUGUCAGUACUGUCGGUUACGUAAAUGUAUGAAAAUGGGCAUGAGGAGAGAAGCCGUCCAGCGGGGAAGAGUACCGCCGUCGCAGCCCGCCCUCCCGGGCAUCCCCAAUCAAUUCCUGAACACCUCAGACCCGGUCACGACGUCCCUCAGCAACCACAGCUACCUCAGCAGUUACAUCUCCCUGCUGCUACGGGCCGAACCAUAUCCUACAAGUCGGUAUGGACAAUGUAUACAGGCCAACAAUAUCAUGGGCAUCGACAAUAUUUGCGAACUUGCAGCUAGACUACUAUUUUCGGCCGUCGAAUGGGCUAGGAAUAUACCUUUCUUUCCAGAUCUACAAGUUACAGAUCAAGUGGCGUUAUUAAGAUUAGUAUGGUCAGAAUUAUUCGUCCUAAAUGCUAGCCAAUGUUCGAUGCCGUUGCAUGUAGCACCACUGAUAGCAGCUGCCGGACUUCACGCAUCGCCAAUGUGUGCAGAUCGCGUGGUGCAAUUUAUGGACCACAUCAGAAUAUUCCAGGAACAAGUGGAGAAACUGAAGGCGCUGCACGUGGACUCCGCGGAGUAUUCCUGUCUGAAAGCCAUCGUCCUAUUCACGACAGAUGCUUGUGGUUUAAGUGAUGUAGCCCAUAUAGAAUCAAUUCAAGAAAAAUCUCAGUGCGCCUUAGAAGAGUACUGUAGGAGUCAGUAUCCUAACCAACCGACGAGGUUUGGUAAGCUUUUAUUGAGAUUGCCAAGUUUAAGAACCGUAAGUUCGGCAGUGAUUGAGCAGCUGUUCUUUGUACGACUUGUGGGUAAAACGCCCAUAGAAACAUUGAUAAGGGAUAUGCUGCUGUCGGGAAGUUCAUUCUCCUGGCCAUACAUGUGAUACUUAAAACUAUACUAGGCCACUAGUCAAAAGUUACGAAUUUUAAUACCUAACGAACGCGACGACUUAUAGGUACGUACAAAAAAUAAAUAAAAAAGAGCCGACUAGUCAACGCGAACAGCUCAGCCUCUUUGAAAGAAUUUAAGAAAGGAGGCCGGAACGAAAGGUACCUAACAUAUCACGAACGAUCUUCGAAAAAGAAAUAAAUAAAAAAAACUAAAUAAAUGACUAAAUGUAUAGAUUACGAGAAUAAAAUAAAAUUUUAAUAAAAAUAAAUUGAAUAAAGCAACCCGAAUGUUCCUUUUUAUAAUAACGAGAAGAGUACAUAAGUAAUUAAUAGAAAAGCCGAUAAAAAAAUGAUUUCAAGUGCGAGAUUGUCGAGGGAAAUAUAGUUGUAAAUGUGUAAUUUAAAAAUUUCGUUAAGGAAUCUAAGUGUAAAAAAAGAUUUUUAGGUAAGGUAGAGAUUGUAAAUUUUGUGCAUACAAAUAAUAUAUACUUAUUGAAACAUUAUCGCCCGUUCGCGUUGUGUGUGUGUUUUAUUUUAGGUCGAUCGCCAGUGUUCAUUGAUUUUUUAUUAUUAUUAUUAUUGUUGUACGUUGUUGCUGUUUUUUAUUUGUUACAUCGAUAUUUAUACUCUUACCCCAAUUUCUGUUUUUUUUUCUUUUGUCACCUAAAAAUUAUACACAUCAAGUAACUAAAAAAAUUAAUAAAAAAUUAUUUUAAAAAUUUAUAUAAUUUCUUAAGCAGAUUAUUAUUUGUUACUUGUAUGUACGAAAAGAUUCUGUACACGGUGACUAAUUAUUAUUAUAUCUUUCUUUAGCCGUACUUAUUUCACUUCCGUGCUGUUUUUUAAUACGUUGUUAUCCACUAGGCCAGUGCCAAAGUUACAAAACUUAAUGAUAUUUACUUAAAAAUCGUCUUGUAAAUAGUAUGUAAACGAUAAGCGAAUAAAAUGACUGUAUUUAUAAAGAAA